UUACACUUUGGUGUGAAAAUAAAAUUCAUAUAAAUUAGUAGAAAUUGAUUAAUGCAACACAAAAUCGAACUCACUUCGGUUGCAUUUUAUUGAAAGCUAAAAUGCAUAAAUUAAUAAUUUCAAUACUUUUUUGUGUCGUUUUGUACGUAAGUGCACAACCAGGACUGGAGGAUAUGCAAACCAUAGCAAUGCUGGCUGCUGGACAAGCGAAAGACCUAAUGGAGAAUGGUGCUGCAGCACGUGAUGGCAGAAGAAUAGAAUUUAUGGGUGCCACAUAUCAACGCGAUAGCGCUAUUGGCUUUGGUGAUGCCAUGCGAUCUCGUCGAGCUAUAGCUGUUGAUGAUAAUAGCGCAUCAAGCUCAUCGGAAUCUGAGGAACGUUAAAUAAGUUCUUUAUGCGCUUUAUAAUUAUACCGAUUAUUGUACAAUAUGGAUAGUGCAAUAAAAAUAAAUAAUUCAAAGUUAAACUUUACUAAA